UUGGCGGGAGAAUUGGAAGCGGGUUUGCGUGAGGCUUGGAAAAGGCGGACGGUUCCCGGCUCCCGGGACUGAGGGCGCGGAGCCGAGGCGGCGUUCCUGCUCUGGGGAAGGGACGAGAGAGCCGCCCCGAGCGGCCGGUGAGGACGCCCUGCAGCCGGUGGUCCCGGGUCGCAGCCCCCGAUGUUUGAGUUUAGGUGUUAUAAAUAGUUGAAUAACCACUGAUUAUUUCUGGACCUGACUGGUUUAUAACUUCAGAAGAAACAAUGGAAAGCCAAGAAUUUAUUGUACUGUAUACUCAUCAGAAGACUAAGAAGUCAAAAGUGUGGCAAGAUGGGAUUUUGAAGAUCGCUCACCUAGGAAACAAAGCAAUUUUAUAUGAUGACAAAGGAGAAUGCUUGGAGAGUUUAUUUUUGACGCGGCUUAAGGUAAAACCUGGAGACGACUUAGAAAGUGAGCGAUACUUGAUCACAGUGGAGGAGGCGAGAGCUGCUGGGAGCACAGCUGUUAGCCAGGAGGACAUUCAGGAAGCACGAGGGCCCCGUCCGCUGCGGCCCAUGCCCUGCGGCUGGUCCCUCGGGUGUCAGCCUGCAGGUUUGAAAAGGAAGUUUACUGGUUUUCAAGGUCCACGACAAGAGCCAAAGAAAAUGGUUACUAUGGAUAAUGGUGAAUCAGCCGUGUCACUUGAGGCUGCAGCCCCUGGCCCUGCUCUUCCCUCUCUGUUCUCGAGCGCACCUCUGUUUUCUGCUGCUGGCAGGAAAGAAGUAAACAGCGUGCCAGCAGACCUCAGGAGCCUCGUCGUCUGCAAGGACAGCGGGAGGAGUGGCCUGCCGGUUUCUCCCGUUGGCUCUGCCCCCUCCAAGGGGCUGAGGGAGGAGGGUCAUCUUUGCUCUCCUGUCAGUUCUGCAGUCAAGGCCACCGUUUCUUUACUGCCUGAUGAGCCCACGAAAGGACAUCGCUUGGCACCUCGCUGUUUAGGAGUCACACAAAACAUCAGGAGCAAAGCACAGAUCCUAGCUCUUCUGAAGUCCAAGCCAGCCAGUCUGUCUGAGGAAGUGGACGCUGAGAUGUCAGGUCUUGUCCCUAAAGUACAACCACAGGAAAGCUUACAAGUCCCUGCUAACCCAGAGUGCUUCACAGAACAGGGAGCAGGUGCUGCGGGGAGAACAGAAAGCUUGCAGUGCCAGCCACCACCGGAAAGCACUGGGAGCAGUGACAGCCGCUGGGCUGAGUGCUUAUCCUCACGGCCUUCACCUGCUCGUUCCGCUGUAGCUGGAGAUGAGCUAGAAAGGCAGGCCCAGGCUCAGGGAGGUGACGUCAGUUUAAAUCUGAGAGACUUUUUGGGACAAAAAAGGAUCCAGUUAUUCGAAAUAGGUGCUGAAAACGUCGAACAGUUUAAUGGAGGCAAGCUGAUAGACGACGCUGAUUCAUCCUGGGAUCAGGAAGUAAAAUUGGAAAUUCCCUCAUUCAGUGAAAGCUUAUCUGUUACCUGUGGCAAUUUGGGAAAGGAUAGCUUAGUGUCAGAAUCUGACAUGCAAGGAAAUAUUCCAAUGCCUGUUAAUCAAAAUGACCAGGUGUGCGUGAAAAGAUUCUUUCUUACCAGAGAAAAUGUUCAGGAGAUAGAUACGUGUGGGACGCCAGCAAGGGAGUAUAAACAAGCAUUAUCUCACCUGCCAGAAUCCGAACGUCUCCAACCUGAAUCUUCCCUGAGUGACAGCUCUGAGAUCUCUGAAGCCAUUUCUGACACGUCUUCUAGGGCUAAUACUGACAGUAAAAGUCUCAGUAUUCAUGCACCCGGGAGUCAUGUAACACAGCCAGUUUUGGAGGUAAAUUUUAAUCUGAACAAUUUUGAAACCAGUGACACAGAAGAGGAAUCCCAACAAAGCAACAAAAUGUCUCAGGACCCAGAGGAUUGGGAAAGGGAGGCCUUGGCCGAUGCCUGUGGUUCAGGAGUUCAGAGGAGAUGUGAGGGUGUGCGCUGUGAGGAGCAUGACGGUGCAUCCUGGCCUCUCUUAAUGCCUACUGCAGGCAAACCUACAGAGCCGUUUCCUACCCCAGCAACCCUGCCGGCACAGCCUUGUGGUGCAGCUGGACCCACUAGAGAUGAAGUGGCCGGGUGUGGUGACUCCACGGUAGGGUGGACCGGUGAUGUGUGUUCAGGUAAUGCAGCUGUUAGUAGCCCUAUCCAAAAAGUCAGAAGUCACUGUGAUUUUGCUUCACUCCCGAAUAAAUUUAAAGGUAUAAAUUCAUAUUUAUAUAGUCCUCAUUUUUUAAGCAUAGACACUAAUCAAACUCCCGAAAGCAACCUAUUUUCAGAACAGACUCAAUCUCAGCCUUUUUUUAUGGGAUGUGACUUAGAUCCAAAUGAUGAACAGGUUUUAAUGUCAACCUCUGGCAGUGAUGGCAGUAGCCCACGAUUAAAUGCCAGUCAGAGUCACUUUGAUGAAUGUAUUACUCUUGAUAAAUCAAACCCCCAAGUUUCCAAUUCUUUGUUUUACCCUCUGGGAAUAAAGCGUCCUAUUUCCAAAGACACAGGAGCACAUAACCCUGAAUCUGAAGAUUUGGGAGGGAUUCCAAGUUUACCCCUUGACCAUGUUGAAGUAGAUACUGCUGGAGCAAGCGGACAGUACUGGAAUCCUCCUAGGAAUUCUUCAGAACUUUCUGGAUUAGUAAAUAGUAUUUCCCUUUUAAAGUCAUUGUCUGAACACAGUACAGCCUUAGAAGGCUUGGAAGUGUUGAAAAAGAAAAAUUCUGCCUUUAAACAAGGAACACUGGAGACACUGCUGGAGAGCAGCCCUGAAGGUCAGAAUGGCAUGUCUGCUUUGGAUUGUUCUCUUUAGAGUUUAAAGGGUGAGGAGACCCUGGCUUUGGAGGCUACACUAAGGAAUCACAUGGCAUUCAAAUAGGUACUACAUGU